UCAGUCAAGUUGUUGAGCUGCAGGCGGAGCUAGCGAUCGCAACAAUUUAAGGAUACCGAUAACUAUCGCCGAUAACCAACGAUAACCGAGAACAGCAUGAAGCAAGCUAGAGGAGUCCUGCCCCUGCUUGUGCUUGCCGUGGUCGCCCUGGCCAGUGGCAGCAAACUAGCCGACUUCGAGUCUCUCUCGAUAAGUGAGAUGUGCGAGCUGCUGCCCACGGAUACUAGCUUCCUGCGGCCAAAUACGUGCAACUAUUGGGUGCACUGUCCGAGCUAUACCACCGCAUUGGAGGAGGGCACCUGCGCCACGGGACUCAGCUAUAACAAGGAGAGGGGCCGUUGCACCGUCGCUGAAAAUGUCGAUUGCCCCUACGAGACGACUGCAAUGAACAUCAACACCAUUGUCAAUGCCUGUGCUAACGAAACGGAUGGCACCUUCCUGCCGGAUUCCACAAGCCACAAUUGCCAGGGCUAUCUGCUCUGCAAGGGGCGCCGUGAGGUCAAGGCCAACUGUCCCAAAGAGCUGAUCUUCAAUCCAAGAUCCCGCUCUUGUGUCUACCCCACCCAGUACAGUUGCCCGGGCAGCAGUCAAAAAACCAAAUCCCCGGUCUGUCGCUCCCUGUCUAACAACACUCGCCUAGCCAAUGAGCAGCAUUGCCAUAAGUACUACGUCUGCAUCAACGACGUGCUCUAUGAGCGCGAAUGUGCCGCUCAUAAGGCAUACGAUGUCACCCUCGGCCAGUGCGUGCCCGCAGUCAAUGCCACGUGCUAUGCCACCGCAGCGCUGCCCCCGCCAGAGAAUACCUUCUGCCUGGUUAACGGCACAGCGCGCCAGGGCUACUUUGCGGACGACGAGUCGUGCAGCCACUACUACAUCUGCAAGGCUCCCACGAAUGGCAAGCACGACACGAAUCCCCAACAUCUGCGUUGCCCUCUGGGCUUGUACUUCGACUACGAGAAGCUCUCCUGCCGCGAUCGUGUCAAUGUUCGCUGCCCGCUGGACCGUUGCGUCGAUACCACCUUGACCUAUGUCAAUGUACUGGGCAACUGUCAGUCCUAUGCACGCUGCUCGAACGGAGUCACCGUCAGCACUGGCCAUUGCCCCACCGAUUACUUCUUUGACGAACGCAACCAGGGAUGCACGCCCGUUAACCCCAACUAUGUCGCAUGCGCGGCCUGAUCCU